AUGUCAGAUAAUCUGCUAUGUCUAAUUUUGGAAAUUAAUGAAGUUUUUGGUGAUAUGAAGUGGGUGUGCACUGCUAACAGAAUUUUUGCAUCUGCCGGUGCUGAUCAGUAUAUCAGUCAAAAUCUCAUUUUAGCCUGGGUGCGUCUACAAAUUGAACCUGUCGAGGUGGCUACCGACGAUGGCGGUAUCGUAUUCGCAUCAGUACAAUCUGUUGUGCCUGGAGCACAUGGUUUGUACUAUCGUCAGGACGGUCAACGUAGACCACUUGAGUGA